UACAAAGAUCGUGUCUAUUUAAGGCAUAUUAAUUAUAUAUGCAGGUUUUGUUGAUGAAUUAUGUAAUUAUUGAGUGUGGAAUGGUGUUAUUACGAUGUUCCGGUGGGGUAAUGAAUGAGUAGAGUAUAUUUGUAACGAAAAUCAACUUCAACACCACAAUAUCCGAUAGCUCAUUGAUAUUAUGUGAAUUUGAAAUUAUUGGAUCCUCCCCUGGUUUUCUGUCUAACACAACAGGUACAGUAAGUGCACUGUGCUCUAGUUUUAAAUAACUUGAAACAAUUGAUUCGUCUGUUUAAAUAUCUGUACGCCUUAUAUUAUGUGACAUAGAUCAUUUUACAGUGUUUGUAACUAAGGGUAGAACUUACAAAUGGAUGGGGAAAUUGGGGAUUCGCAUUACAAUAGCAAUUUAUCGCUCAUCUUUAAACAAUGCUAACAAAUAUAGAAAUACACAUCCAUUGUUAGACAACAUUUAGUUGGUUGAAGUUUAAAUUCAUAAUUGUUAAGAGUACUGAAAAUUAAAAUAUAUUCUGACUCGGGGCCCCUGAGGUAUGCAGUUUGUUAAAUAUCUAGCCGGGUUUGUACUGUUUUCAAUAUCUAGCCAGGUUUGGCCGACAGACAGGUAAAACUCGGUACACAGUAUGAAGAAGGUCAAAGAAAAUUCUUAUUAUGGAACCUGAAGAGAAAACCCAAGGUCAACAUGUUGUCGAAUGUAACAUUUGCGAACAACCAGUCUCGUUCUUCUGCAGACGAUGUGUGGUCAAUCUCUGCGACCCUUGUGUCCCGGUACAUCUCCGAAUCAAGUCCAAGACCGGACAUGACGUUGUGGAUUACGCCAGUAGAGAUGAUGUUCACACACCUACGUGCGAUUUUCAUCCACUGAACGAGUGUUCGUUGUACUGCCAGACGUGUGAUGUCCCGAUCUGCCUGGUCUGUGUUUCCAUCAAACACAAAUCGCACGAAAUGUCCGAGCUUUCUGAGCAAAUUGAAGAACUGAUGAAAACCAUCAUGAAAGAAAACGAUCGACUUCAAAAAUAUAAGUGUGACAUUGAAAAACGUCUAGAUCACACGACAGAGAGAUUGCCUUUACUAUCUAAAAUUUACCAAGAGAAGAAGGAUGAAGUGACGUCACGAGGAGAGGUGUGGCACAGACAGAUAGAGAAAACCGUGAAGACGCUCCACCAGGAACUGGACGACAUGCAAAAGAAACACGAAUCACUGCUCCAGAAACAGAAACGAGAAUUGAAAGAGAUUUUAGGAAAAGUUGAUGAAAUAAACACCACGACAAUGAAACUGAAAAAUUCACAGAAUGUACUAGAAAUGAAGAAAUGCAUAUCAUUAAUUCAAAAUCAAGCCACUCCCUCGGAGAUUACACAUUACUCGUUUCCAGUGUUUUGUAAAUGCAAAAUUGACGACAACUAUUUGAAAUCAUAUUUCGGGUACAUUGAGAAUAUACAAGAAAAAAAGAUUUCUCUGCGGACAUCGAUAUCUGAAGACGCUGUGAUUUCGAACCACAAAAUAUUAGAGAUGCCGAAAGUUAUCACAGCUAUAGACACAGGGUUUCCUGCUUGUGAAAAUAACAGUCGUCUAUACGAUAUUACUGUUAUCGAUGAUAACAGAGUGUGGAUGGGAGGAGCAAGUUACGAACUCAAGUUGUUUGAUUUCCAGGGAAACCUCCACGACACGGUCUCCAUCACAACACAGGGCUUGUUUUUGACUGUAUACAACAAACACGUGAUUUACACAGUAUCGGGCAGCAGUACUGUGUGUAGAGUAGCUGACGAUAAAAGGAUUCAGACGAUGUUUACAACCGCGGAAUGGAGGCCAUUCGGUAUCACAAGCACCGCGUCAGAUGACAUACUAGUCUGUCUCCGUAAAGACGACCAGUACAAAGUCGUGCGAUACAGCCGUACCGGUACCGUACUCCAAGAAAUCCAGUACGACUUACAGGGCCAGCCUCUGUACCGAGAUGCAACUUACAUCGCUGAGAAUGUUAACGGGGACAUCAUUGUAACAGACUGGACGAAAAAUGCUGUGAUUGCUGUCGAUAGAUUAGGAAUAUUUCUGUUUUCUUACUCUGGGAGGGACAAGCCAUUUUUCGCAUGCGCCGUCACUACUGAUCCUGCCGGUCACGUUAUCGUUACUGACUUUAAAGGUGACAAGAUUCACAUGCUGGACAAGGACGGGCGAUUCCUGAGGUACAUCAUUCCAGAUCUAGGGAUUAAAUUCCCACGCGGCGUGUGCAUUGUCGGGGACGGGGAAAUUUUUGUUGGGGAAACCUUGAACGGUGUAGCUAAAAGAAUAAAAUAUUUCGAGGAAAGAACAGAAUGAAUUGCAUGGUGUUUCGCAUAAAAUGUUUUGUUAUGCAAUAAAUUGUGUAAAUUAA